AUGAUCCUGGUGCGUACUAUGGACGAACGCAUCUGGAUGAUGAAUCGCCAGGGCAAAGUUCCUAUUGCCGCUUCUGCGCAAGGUCAUGAGGCUGUGCAGUUGGGUUCGCUGCUGGCGGCGCAAAAGGACGGCGACUACUUCCUUUUCCCUUAUUACCGCGACCUGGCGAUCAAGAUGGCGGUUGGGCUAACACCCCGUCAGGUGAUGCUGUCUUUCAUGGGCAAGGAAGGCGAUCCAUAUUCGGGAGCGCGCCAAUUUCCGUUGCAAGGCGCCGACCUUCCCAGGCGCGUUAUCCAGAUCUCCAACGUCGUCGCGGCCGGAUUGACCCAGAGCGUGGGUUACGCUUUGGGGUGCAAGAUGCUCGGGGAUGACACGGUUACCAUUUGCUACUUCGGCGACGGCGCGACCAGCCAGGGCGAAACUCAUGAGGCCAUGAACUUCGCGGCCAUCCAUCAGUUGCCUAUCGUGUUCAUCUGCGAGAACAACAAAUACGCCAUCUCAACACCUCAAAACUCCCAAAUGGUAAUCGGAGAUGUGGCAGCCCGCGCGGAAGGGUACGGCUUCCCCGGUUUUGUUGUCGACGGACUCGACUUCUUGGCCUGUUACGAAGCUACCCGGGAGGCCAUCGUAUAUGCGCGCCGCACCGGCCCGACUCUGGUUGAGAUGAAGUGCGAACGAUUCAUGCCGCAUACCACUGAUGACGACGACCGGCGCUAUCGCGACCGCGACGCCCUUGAUGCUGCGCGCCAGCGGGAUCCGGUCGUAACUUUCCCGGCCGACCUGGUGAUUCGAGGCAUCGUUUCUCAGGAGCAGGUUGAUGGAUUCAGGGCCGAGGCUGUUCAGCAGGUCAACGACGCCACCGAUUUUGCGGACGCCGCACUCCCCCCCGACGCAUCCACUAUCUAUGACAAUCUGUACGUGUAA